GUGUGUGUUUUUGUUUUGAUCAGUUACAGUUACAAGUGAAGUAAACUUUGUCACGGUGCUCGCAAUGUCGUAAUUUCGUAAAUGUAACGUUCAAAUCGUCCAAUCCAGUUUCCAUAAAGAAUAAGUAUCAACUACUACCACUCAGUUUGGUACUUUUCCCUAAUUGCGUGCGAGCUGAAAGAGUUUAUUGUCUUCCGGGACGCUUCAUCACUAUCAUCAGUUUCAUCACUGCAGGAAUUCCAGACACGCGACUCCGUUCCGUUACUUUCUGUGUCACGCUGACUUUAGGAUUAGAAGUAAAUCAUGCGAACGCCCUCUUUUAAACUAGACCAAACGGAUGACACACUGCAAAUCACAAUCAAGGCCCCCUUUGCAAAUGUAGCUCAAACGGAGAUAGAUGUCAAUGAAACUGAAUUUAUUUUUUCAUCCUGGCCAUAUUUCUUGAGGUUGCAUUUACCUGGCCCAAUCGAAGAGACGGACUCCUCAAAAGGAAAGUAUGACUUUGACACUGGGUCAUUUUACUUUGAGCUAUCGAAAAAAAACAGAAAUGAAUUCUUCCCACAUUUGGAUCUCAUCGGCAGUUUCCUAGCUCCAAAGACAAACAAGCCCUUAGUUAAACCAAAAAUUGAAGUGCUUUCAAGUGUGAGCAAUGGCUGUGAUAAUGAUGAGUCAGAAAACUCGGACGAAGAGGAGGAUUGGCUCAUGGAACAAACGCUUCCAGAGGAAAGUGAGGCAUUGUUGCCUACAAUCGGUGAAUAUGGAUUUGCAAAUCAAACCAAAGGUGUACUUCACAAAUUCCCCAGUGAAGAACUUGCAGAAAUAUUGGAUCUCUUGAACCCAGACGAAGUAUCUGCUGGUGAAAAAAAAGAAAAGCAGCUGUUGAAAGAGCAAGACGAUUUUAGCGAAGACCACUACCUUGCUGAUUUUAUGGAUCCUCCCGAAGUCCUUGAAACAUUUCUAAGCGCAGUUCCUGAUUGGACUCACAACGAACUAAGUAAAGAACAUUUGGAAUUAUUGAAAGAUCUGGGGAACAAAGAAUAUCUUUUGUCGAAGCAGGAAGAAAAAUCAGUGUUUUUCUCGUUAGUUGACAUCCUUUUUGGUUUUGCGUACGAUCAUCGCACCACGAACGGCACUCCUAGCACGGAAUCAGCAUGGACUAUCAAUAAGCUAUCAGCAACACUUUCAUGGUUAAGAAGUUUCACAAGUUUAAAGGAAGUUACCGUUUCCUGUGUGAGACGCAGUGUCUGUUACCCACUGUAUAGGAAUUGGGAUCUCAGUCUUGUCGUGUUGAAAGACGUUAUCAACAUCCUAACAUCAGGACAAACACAAAUAGUGAAGUGUCUACUUACGGUAUACUCAUUGUUUCUAGAGAGUGAACCUCGGUAUCUCUUAAACCAAUUAUACAUCAAAGAUUACAUAAUUUGGGUACAAAAAGUUCCUGAUGCUAAACUUGCCUCAUUCCGGUCAUCGCUUGAAUUGCUCGAACUAGAGAAAAGCGAUAUUGGGCUCGAGUUGAAGGAAUUAGAAUACGCAGCCCAUCUAACGCAACAAGCUGAUGAAGAGGCCGUAGUGAACAAUAUGGUGAAUUUACAUUUAGACCACGGAGAAACUUCCAGCUCAGCAUAUGAUUCUUCCAGUGACAGUGAAAGCACUUCCAGCUCCUUGAAUGAUUUUUCCAGUGAUAGUGAAAGCACUGAAAGUGAUAGUUCUGUUGACUCUGACGAUUACACUUCCAGCGAGGAAGUAGAUUAAUUCUGCCAGGAAAUAUGCUGUAUUUUUAGGCUAUUUACAAAUUAAGAUCUCGGCUAUCAAGGGUUUAUGAACUCCAAUGACUUAACUGCAUUUAAGUGAAAUCGAAGAAAAAAUGAAAUAAUCACAUUUCACCUCUUUAGAGAGGAAACAAAGUAAGAGCAAUAAGUAGUUGCAUCAUUCCUGUGAAGUAUUCAGAGAUGCAUCGGCAUCAUUCAAGCUGUUUCAAUCAGUUCUCUCAGGAAUUUUGUAAUACUUCCUCCCAUUUGAAAGUAAAUUGUACUUGAAUCAAAUAGACCAUUGAAGAAAAAAUCACUCCCUUUAUUGUGUCUCUAAUUUCAUUAAAAUGCUAUUGAAGAAGAAAUUACUCCCUUCAUCACGCCUCUAAUUUUAGUAAAAUAUUUUUUAUUUCAAUUUUCUUAUAUCAGAGUCAUUUUGUUUGGUUACCAUUUGCAAGAAUACUUGUUCUCUUCUUUUACAUGACUUUAAUUACUUUCUUUAGUGUAGGUACGGGGUGUCAACUGUCAUUAAAAACUGGAGAAACCAGAAAACAUCAGAAAAUCUGAUGUCACCUGGAAAAAUCAGGAAAAUAGGUCAUGGGUCAGGAAAUUCUGAAUGCAUUAAGCAUUUUCCAACUUGGUGCAAAAAAAAGACAAAUUUUAACCCAUCCUUAAAUAAGUUGUCUCGUAAAAUUAAACGACUGUCAGUUUAUUAAGGCAAAAAAUUCGGAAAUAUUUUAUUUAAAAUAUCAAGAAAAUCCAAAAUGGAAUUUUAAUACACCUUGAGGUAUUUCUUCUUUUUUUCUUUGUUGUCUCUGUUAUUUUUUUUUAGUUUUAAUUUAGGCUUUCAAAUUAAUUAUUGCUGAAUUUACUUUUUAGAAUGAAAGAAAAAAUAAUAGCACUCCAAUUUUUAUCGUUCAGUAGUUACGUUUUUCUUCAAUUACGACUGUUUGUUGUUGGUAUUUUCAAGAAUAGCAAAUGCCGGUGCUCAGGAGGUUGUUAGGAACAUUGUUUCAAAUAAUGACGACAUUUGGACUGAAUUUUGCCAUGAGUAACUACAAUUUCUGGCUCAUGGACAAAAACACCUAUCUGCUUAGGGAAAAAAUAGCACUUUUGUUGUUUCUACAAUGAGCCAAAAAUCACUGUUCUUAAUCGCAAAAUCUGGUCUGUUUACCUGGCAUCGAACUCCUUACUUUUCUGCAAGGUGCUUUUAGUGGUGACGUACGUAUCGAUGGUGGAACUCCCAAACCUUGUAUCCCAGUUUUUGACAUCGCAGACUUCCUGUUAUACUUCAUUUUUUAAAUAUAAAACUACUCAGCGUCAAUUCUUGAAAACUGCAUGCUCUUUCCUCUCUUUGCCAAUGAACCCCUGUGAAAAGUUCAUGAAAUGAUAUUGAUUUGUUCUCCUUCCAAAAAUUAAAACGAAAGCAAAGACUUUCAAACACUGCAAAGGUUAUACGUAGACUGGUAAUUUCACCGCUGUUAUGUAUCUUCAUGGAUGACAGUGCAAGACAGCUGAAAAGACGAAGUUAUUCUCUUACACUGUAGGUUGAUUUUUAUUCUACUUUUAUUUCUUUUGGUUUCACAAAUUCAUGAAGUGUUUGCGCACAGUCAGACCUUACUGUGAAUCAUCCUGAGUUCUUUCCUUCAAGGCCAUUGAUUUUUUAAAUAUUUUAUGUGUCCGUUUUCUCAGAGAUUUUUCUGAAUGUAAUUUCUAUCGCAUUGUCAAUAACUGUAAAUUGAGUGGCUCCUUAUUUUCAGCCCUACCAAAGUUGUUGUAAUGAUACUAGUUUUUCCAAUAAUUUUCAACUCAGGGAAAAUGAGAAAGUCCUCACUUUGGCUCCUCAGGAAAAGUGAGGUCAACAAUGAUGCUUACCAUGAAAAAUAGGAUGAUUUAUAUUCUGUGCAAUCAUGCAAAAAAAAAAAAAAAGACAUGGGGAAAAAAAGUUGUUUUGGAAAUUUGUUUGUCAUCCAUUUAGUCACUCAGAUUUAUCGUUCUCUUUUCAGAUAAAGUUAAUUGUUGAAGCAAGUGUGGCAGAGUAGACUAAUUGAAUGCAUACCUCUUCUUUAUAUGUUUUUAUAGAUUUUUUUUAUUUGAAUAAAUAUUUCAUUUUUGUGUA